GAUAUCAUCUCCACUGUAGAGUUCAGCCACACUGGAGAGCUCCUGGCCACAGGGGACAAGGGGGGGCGUGUGGUCAUCUUCCAGAGGGAACCUGAGGUACAUGCACACACCAACCACAGACUUGGCACUGUGUGUGUUCACUACAUAGAUGUUUAGGGUCAAUUUCAGAUAAUUACUUGAAAUCACUGCAAUUGAGAUUAAAUUGAAUCCAGCCCUGCAUAACUGUCUUCUCUCUCUCAUUCAUAUAUAUGCACACACACACAGUGUAAGACAGAGCCGUACUCCCAGGGAGAGUAUAAUGUCUACAGCACGUUCCAGAGCCAUGAGCCGGAGUUUGACUACCUGAAGAGUCUGGAGAUAGAGGAGAAAAUCAACAAGAUACGAUGGCUGCCUCAGCAGAACGCCGCCCACUUCCUCCUCUCCACCAAUGGUGAGGGAUUGCUGCCUUAGCACCAGGGAGUUAUUAUAAUGUUUUUACAUGAUAUUACCAUGUUAUUGUUACUCUAUCAUCCAUACUUGUCCUGCCUGUCUGAAAGUUAAGACUAUUUGAGGCAUAUGAUUGGGGAAUUAUCCUGUCUGUGUAAUAAGGCUGUUUGAGGUAUAUGAUUGGAGUAUUGUGCUGUCCGUCUAUCAGAUAAGACCGUUAAGCUGUGGAAGGUGAGUGAGCGGGACAAGAGGCCUGAAGGCUACAACCUGAAGGAUGAGGAGGGCAGGAUGAAGGACCUCUCCACCGUCACCUCACUACAGGUACACACCUCCUCUUCCUCAGGCUUCUUUCUCCUCCUCUCCUUCUUCUGUCUCCAUCUUUCUAUCUACUUUAUCUAUCCAUCUCUCCUUAAAUGUAUCAUGUUACUCUGGACUACCUUUCUUUCUUUCUUUCUUUCUUUCUUUCUUCUUUCUUUCUUUCUUUCUUUCUUUCUUUCUUUCUUUCUUUCUUUCUUAUUUCUUUCUUUCUUUCUUUCUUUCUUUCUUUCUUUCUUUCUUUCUUUCUUUCUUUCUUUCUUUCCCUUUCCUCUGUGUCUAUGUUCUGUAUAUUCUGUAUGGCCUGUGUGUGUUAUGUGCACACACAGACACACACAUUCGCACAUGUUCCAGAUCGGACAGCAUAAGUAGGUCAGAGGUGCAGAUGUGUUUGCAUUUAUAAAAGUGGGUCAUUGACCCAAGGUGUGUGUGUGUAACAGUAUUUCUUCCGUCCCUCUCCUUGCCCCAACCUGGGUUUGAACUAGGGACCCUCUGAACACAUCAACAACUGCCUCCCAACACACCACCUGUCGCUCCACAAAAGCCGCGGCCCUUGCAGAGCAAGGAAAACAACUACUUCAAGAUUUCAGAGCGAGUGAUGUCACCGAUUUGAAAUGCUACUAGUGCGCACCGCUAACUAGCUAGCCAUUUCCCAGUGUGUGUGUGUGUGCUUGGCGACAACAAAUAAUGCCAGCUGUUCUGUUUUUUGGGGGGACUGUUGUCUCUGUGUUGAUGAAAACACAGCCAUACUCCUCUUUACUGGUUGACAUUAUCUGUUGCAUUCUUCUCAUAUCAUCAUCCCUGUGCCCUAAAGCACAGACGGAAGAAGAAUUUGUACAAUGUCACAUGACCAAUAGGUACGGGAAAAAGCAAUUAGUGAGAAACCUAGCUUUUUUCUGCCUUAAUUUCCACAAGCGAUAAUAUCACAUUAUUACAGGCAUUCCUAAUGGGUAUAUAUCAGUGAUUUCUCUGUGCUCUCUGUAAAGAUACAAUCAUUUUCAAGCUCCCAUUUUGGACAAAAUGAAAUAAAAAUAUUUAUUCUAUGAAUGUGGACUGUAUCAUUUGAUCUCAUCAUGUUGGGUCUACUCACCACAUGGUACAUGUAUCUGUGUUUCUGACUGUAUCCUCUGUGACAGGGAUCAUCAACUAGAUUCAGCCGCGGGAUGAUUUUUUCUUGAGGCGGAACAUACUGUAAUUACAAAUAAUUUGUAGACCGCAAAUUGACUUCAAGAAGCCCAAACAGAUAUAAUAUUUGACUAAAAUGUGUGGAAAUACUUGAACAGAUUUCCUAAAUUUCCUAAAAUAACUUGGAGCUGAUUUCCUGGUGUUUUUACAGCACUUGGGGGGCCAACUAAAACCACCCGCUGUGUUGUGUGUUCUGACUGUCUGUACUCUGUCUAGGUGCCGGUGUUGAAGCCCAUGGAUCUGAUGGUGGAGGUGAGUCCUCGGCGUGUCUUUGCUAACGCCCACACCUACCACGUCAACUCCAUCUCCAUCAACUCCGACCACGAGACCUACAUGUCAGCUGACGACCUGAGGAUCAACCUCUGGCACCUGGGCAUCACCGACCGCAGCUUCAGUAUCCUUUAGAUCAGACAAUGGGUCAAUACACACACUCCUGUAUGAGACACUGUUCAUUUAUAUACACACACACAGUGAUGUGGGGAGGGGAAUCAUUCCUGAGGAGUGAAAAUGCAGCUCAAUGAAUUAUUCAAUCUCUUUUAUAAAUAUUUAACUCCUUUUGUGGCAUAUAAUGCAGCUGAAUAGAACACACACACACACACACACACACACACACACACACACACACACACACACACACACACACACACACACACACACACACACUCCUCACCCCAGACAGGAUUUGCUUGUUACAAUUCAUAUGAAGUUGGGAUUAUUCUCCCACUACCCCUAGUACCCCCUAAAGGUGUGUGUUUGACUAUAUGUAAUGAUGUCAGUGUGUUUUGGCGUAUCAUUCUGAAUAUGUAUGUAUGCUAUGUUUGUAAUCACCCUCGCACACAAUCAAAUGUGUGUAUGCUGUUAUAUAGACAGUAUGUUGUAGUCCUGAACCCGUGCCCCAGACAUCGUGGACAUCAAGCCAGUGAACAUGGAGGAUCUGACAGAGGUGAUAACAGCAGCAGAGUUCCACCCUCACCACUGUAACCUGUUGGUCUACAGCAGCAGUAAAGGAACUCUACGGCUCUGUGACAUGAGAGAGGCCGCACUGUGUGACAAACACUCCAAAUGUGAGCAUACAGACAGACAGACGGACAUAGCCUACAGUCACACACACACACACACACGUUACAGAUACACAGAUGCUGUACAUCACACACACACACACACACACACACACACACACACACACACACACACACACACUCUCUCACCCCCUCUCCUCUCCUCCUCUAGUGUUUGAGGAGCCGGAGGACCCUAGUAACCGCUCCUUCUUCUCGGAGAUCAUCUCGUCUGUGUCGGACGUCAAGUUCAGCCACAGCGGGCGCUACCUGCUGACCAGAGACUACCUCACCGCCAAGGUGUGGGACCUCAACAUGGAGAACAAGCCCCUGGAGAUAUACCAGGUGAGGAGCCCAAUAUCACUAUUAACACAGAGACAUAAAUAGUAUGUAAUGUCAAUAUUAACACAGAGACAUAGACAGUAUGCAAUGUCACUAUUAACACAGAGACAUAGACAGUAUGUAAUGUCACUAUUAACACAGAGACAUAGACAGUAUGUAAUGUCACUAUUAACACAGAGACAUAGACAGUAUGUAAUGUCACUAUUAACACAGAGACAUAGACAGUAUGUAAUGUCACUAUGAAUACAGAGACAUAGACAGUAUGUAAUGUCACUAUUAACACAGAGACAUAGACAGUAUGUAAUGUCACUAUUAAUACGGAGACAUAGACAGUAUGUAAUGUCACUAUGAAUACAGAGACAUAGACAGUAUGUAAUGUCACUAUGAAUACAGAGACAUAGACAGUAUGUAAGGUCACUAUUAAUACAGAGACAUAGACAGUAUGUAAUGUUACAUGUCACUACUAACACAGAGAUACCUUGCUGAGCCACUACACUGGGAAAGGAGGGGGGAUACCUUACUGAGACACUACACUGGGGGGGGUACCUUACUGAGACACUACACUGGGGGGGGGUACCUUACUGAGACACUACACUGGGGGGGGGGGGGGGGGUGGAAUACCUUACUGAGACACUACACUGGGGGGGGGGGGUAACUUACUGAGACACUACACUGGGGGGGGGGGGGGGGGUACCUUACUGAGACACUACACUGGGGGGGUACCUUACUGAGACACUACACUGGGGGGGGGGGGGGUACCUUACUGAGACACUACACUGGGGGGGGGGGGGGGGGGAUACCUUACUGAGACACUAUACUGGGGGGGGGGGAAUACCUUACUGAGACACUACACUGGGGGGGGGGGGGGGGUAUACCUUACUGAGACACUACACUGGGGGGGGGGGGGGGAUACCUUACUGAGACACUACACUGGGGAGGGGGGGGGGGGGAUACCUUACUGAGACACAAACACUGGGAUGGGGGGGAUACCUUACUGAGACACUACACUGGGGGGGGGGGAUACCUUACUGAGACACUACACGGGGGGGGUAACUUACUGAGACACUACACUGGGAGGGGGGGGGAUACCUUACUGAGACACUACACUGGGAGGGGGGGGGGGACACCUUACUGAGACACUACACUAGGGGGGGUGGGGUACCUUACUGAGACACUACACUGGGAUGGGGGGGAUACCUUACUGAGACACUACACUGGGAGGGGGGGGGGGGGUACCUUACUGAGACACUACACUGGGAUAGGGGGGAUACCUUACUGAGACACUACACUGGGAUGGGGGGUGUGGAUACCUUACUGAGACACUACACUGGGAUGGGGGGGUGGGGAUACCUUACUGAGAAACUACACUGGGGGGGGGGAUACCUUACUGAGACACUGGGGGGGGGGGGGGGUACCUUACUGAGACACUACACUGGGGGGGGAUACCUUACUGAGACACUACACUGGGGGGGGGAUACCUUACUGAGACACUACACUGGGGGGGGGGGGGGUACCUUACUGAGACCACUACACUGGGAGGGGGGGGGGGGUACCUUACUGAGACACUACACUGGGAUGGGGGGGAUACCUUACUGAGACACUACACUGGGAUGGGGGGGGGGGGGAUACCUUACUGAGACACUACACUGGGGGGGGGGGGGAUACCUUACUGAGACACUAUCUGAAAAAUCUGUCGAUGUGCCCUUGAGCAAGGCACUUAACCCUAAUUGCUUAUGUAAGUCGCUCUGGAUAAGAGCGUCUGCUAAAUGACUAAAAUGUAAAUGUAAAUGAGACACUACACUGGGAGGGGGGGAUACCUUACUGAGACACUACACUGGGAUGGGGGGGGAUACCUUACUGAGACACUACACUGGGGGGGGGGAUACCUUACUGAGACACUACACUGGGGGGGGGGAUACCUUACUGAGACACUACACUGGGAUGGGGGGAUACCUUACUGAGACACUACACUGGGGGGGGGGGGGGGGGGGGGGAUACCUUACUGAGACACUACACUGGGAGGGGGGGGGAUACCUUACUGAGACACUACACUGGGGGGGGGGAUACCUUACUGAGACACUACACUGGGAGGGGGGGGAUACCUUACUGAGACACUACACUGGGAGGGGGGGGGAUACCUUACUGAGACACUACACUGGGGGGGGAUACCUUACUGAGACACUACACUGGGAUGGGGGGGAUACCUUACUGAGACACUACACUGGGGGGGGGGGAUACCUUACUGAGACACUACACUAGGAGGCGGGGGGGAUACCUUACUGAGACACUACACUAGGAGGCGGGGGGAUACCUUACUGAGACACUACACUGGGGGGGGGGAUACCUUACUGAGACACUACACUGGGGGGGGAUACCUUACUGAGACACUACACUGGGAGGGGGGGGGAUACCUUACUGAGACACUACACUAGGAGGCGGGGGGGAUACCUUACUGAGACACUACACUAGGAGGCGGGGGGAUACCUUACUGAGACACUACACUGGGGGGGGGGGAUACCUUACUGAGACACUACACUGGGGGGGGAUACCUUACUGAGACACUACACUUGGAGGGGGGGGGGGGGGGAUACCUUACUGAGACACUACACUGGGGGGGGGGGGAUACAUUACUGAGACACUACACUGGGAGGCGGGGGGGUACUUUACUGAGACACUACACUGGGGGGGGGGGGAUACCUUACUGAGACACUACACGGGGGGGGGGGGAUACCUUACUGAGACACUACACUGGGGGGGGAUACCUUACUGAGACACUACACUGGGAGGGGGGGGGGGUACCUUACUGAGACACUACACUAGGAGGCGGGGGGGAUACCUUACUGAGACACUACACUAGGAGGCGGGGGGGAUACCUUACUGAGACACUAUGCUAGGAGGCAUGGGGUGAUACCUUACUGAGACACUACACUGGGAGGGGGGGAUACCUUACUGAGACACUACACUGGGGGGGGGAUACCUUACUGAGACACUACACUGGGGUUGGGGGAUACCUUACUGAGACACUACACUGGGAUGGGGGGGGAUACCUUACUGAGACACUACACUGGGGGGGGGGGGGGGGGAUACCUUACUGAGACACUACACUGGGAUGGGGGGGGAUACCUUACUGAGACACUACACUGGGGGGGGGGGGGGAUACCUUACUGAGACACUACACUGGGAGGGGGGGAUACCUUACUGAGACACUACACUGGGGUUGGGGGAUACCUUACUGAGACACUACACUGGGAUGGGGGGGAUACCUUACUGAGACACUACACUGGGGGGGGGGGGGGGGAUACCUUACUGAGACACUACACUGGGAGGGGGGAAUACCUUACUGAGACACUACACUGGGGGGGGGGGGGGAUACCUUACUGAGACACUACACUGGGGGGGGGGGGAAUACCUUACUGAGACACUACACUGGGAUGGGGGGGAUACCUUACUGAGACACUACACUGGGGGGGGGGAUACCUUACUGAGACACUACACUGGGGGGGGAUACCUUACUGAGACACUACACUAGGAGGCGGGGGGGAUACCUUACUGAGACACUACACUGGGGGGGGGGGCUGAGACACUACACUGGGGGGGGGGGGGGACCUUACUGAGACACUACACUGGGGGGGAUACCUUACUGAGACACUACACUGGGGGGGGUACCUUACUGAGACACUACACUGGGGGGGGGGGAUACCUUAUUGAGACACUACACUGGGGGGGGGGGGGGGAUACCUUACUGAGACACUACACUGGGGGGGGGGGGAUACCUUAUUGAGACACUACACUGGGGGGGGGGGGGGGGGGAUACCUUACUGAGGCCUAUCAACAUCUGCAAUGCAGCAAGGAGACAGAGAGAGAGGUGGGGGAGGGAGAGAGGGGGAGAAGGAGGGACUGUAAAACUCUUCUGAUUUGGCCGUAUUAACUGAAGUCUUUCCUUUAGUGAAUUGAAAAGGAGAGGAGAGAGGAUGAGUGGGAGAAAAGGUUAACACUAAAAUACUGAGGUAAAAAAGGAAAGAUGUGAGGGUGGAGAAGGGAGGGGUGGGUUGUGAGGGGAGAGAACAGGUCAUGUUUACUUUAACACAACACAUUUUCAUUGGUCAGCGAGAACGGUAUGGAAACAAGCAUGCCAAUAUGUUUUGAUUUACAACCGUACCAUAACCUCAGUUUUACUGUAGAUUGACCAUGGAUUGACCGCUGGACGUACACAUCACCAUGCAGACAUAAUGAUGACACAAGCAGGUCCAACAAAUCAAUAGGGAAGUGUGUGUGUGUGUGUGUGUGUGUGUGCCUGCCUGGGUCUGUCCUAAAUGGAUUAGAUUAGAAUGUGGUUCAGUAGUUCUCCUAAAAUAAACGAGGUUUAUCCCCUCCUCUCUCAGAAUGGAUAUCCUGUGUUAAUUAUCAGAGCUGUCUAUGUGGGUACUGUGCUGUGGAUUCUGUUUCGAGCUGUCCCUGUCAGCGUUGCUAUGCUGUGUUUUCUGUAUGGACUAGAUCUCUGUCAGUGUUCAGCACUGUGUCCUGACUGUGUGUGCGUGUGUUGGCUGUGAAUAGUGUGUUGAUUAAAUCUCUGUGUGUGUUCCUGCAGGUGCAUGAUUACCUCCGCAGCAAGCUUUGCUCCCUCUACGAGAACGACUGCAUCUUCGACAAGUUUGAGUGUGCCUGGAACGGCUCAGAUAGGUAGACGAAGUGUGUGUGUGAGAGAGAGAGUUUGUGAGUGGCUCUUCUAAUCCCUUAUUUGUUGCUCUGGGAAUGAAUGUCUGUGCUCAUGGCAUUAUUCAGAGGGCACAAGGGCAGAAUGUAACAUUCUCUAGUACCUUAGCAUAUUGACUUACUUUGACUCCUCUCAACUCCUCUCACUUUCUCCCUCCAUACCCCUUUCUCAGUGUGAUCAUGACGGGGGCCUACAACAACUUCUUCCGGAUGUUUGACCGGAACACCAACCGUGACGUGACCCUGGAGGCGUCCAGGGAGAGCAGUAAGCCCCGGGCCGUGCUCAAGCCUCGGCGUGUCUGCCAGGGCGGGAAACGCCGCAAGGAUGACAUCAGCGUGGACAGCCUGGACUUCACCAAGAAGAUCCUGCACACGGCCUGGCACCCCACGGAGAACAUCAUCGCCAUCGCUGCCACCAACAAC